UGAUGUUUUCUGUUGUCGAUUGUAGGAUAUAAUGGUGAAAAAGGUUAAGAGAAAGGGCAAAGGUGGUUUGAAGGAGAAGCGGAAUCCAGUGGCAUCUCCAAAUCUUGUUGCUCAACAAGACACUCAAAAAGUUAAUACCCCCGAGGAUGGAGUUACAGCUGUGAAUGAUAAAAAAAUAUGCGACCAUAUUGAUAAGGGUAUUGAUGUGGAGAAAGUUUCUGCUAAACUUGGCUCUUCAGGACCUGUUAGGUGUGAAGAUUGUAGGGAAGGAGCGGUUAAUAGACGGGCUGGGAAAGGAAAAGGUAAACAUGGAAAAAAGAAGGGAGGUGGAGAAUCAAAGUCAGAUUCCAAAGCCAUUUGGAUCUGUUUAGAGUGUGGUCAUUUCUCGUGCGGAGGUGUUGGAUUUCCAACUACUCCUCAGAGCCAUGCAGUUCGGCAUGCAAGACAGUACCGCCACUCAUUGGCAGUACAGUUUGAAAAUCCUCAGCUGCGCUGGUGUUUCCCGUGCAAUAGACUAAUUCCUGCCGAAAAGAUAGAGGAGAGCACUGAACAAAAAUAUGUAUUACAGGACAUUGUGAAGAUGAUUAAAGGGCGGUCGUCUGAAGAGCCUAGUCUUGAUGUUGAGGAUGUUUGGUUUGGGACGGGGAGUAUCACGAGUGGGAUCAAGUCAGAAGCUAGUGUUGAAAUUGGUGCCUACGGGAAAAGUGGUUAUGUUGUUAGGGGAUUGCUUAAUUUAGGAAAUACUUGUUUUUUUAAUUCUAUAAUUCAAAACCUACUUGCAAUGAAUAGAUUACGGGAUUACUUUCUUGAAAUGGACGAUUGUGCUGGUCCUCUUACUGCUUCUUUUACGAAGCUCUUUGCUGAGACGAGUCCUGAGGAUACCUUAAGAAAUGCUAUAAAUCCAAAAACUUUCUUUGGUUCCUUGUGUGCGAAGGCUCCACAGUUUAGGGGAUAUCAACAGCACGACAGUCACGAGUUGCUUCAUUGUUUGCUUGACGGUUUGUGUACUGAGGAAUUGACUGCAAGAAAGAAACUCAAGUGUUCACAGGAUGAUGGCAAAUCUCCUCCUACUUUUGUUGAUGCCAUCUUUGGGGGUCGACUCUCUAGUACUGUUACUUGUCUGGAGUGUGGACACUCUUCAUUAGUAUAUGAGCCAUUCUUGGAUCUCUCGUUGCCGGUUCCCACUAAGAAGCCUCCACCUAAAAAGACUCAGCCAGUUUCCCGUGCGAAGAAAUCAAAACAUCCUCCAAAGAGAAGUGGAAGAGUCCGCCCCAAGAUUAGCAGAGACGCAGCUUCUCUUAAUGCUCAAAGUGCUCAAGAAAGCACUUCGAUGCAGUCUAGUGCGCCAAUCACUGAAAGAACAACAGUUCCUUCUGAUGGUGCAUUGCUAGAUUGCGUUGAUGCUAGUGAUGUUGCUGAUAAUAUGGGCUUAACUUCACAUAAUCUAUCUUCCUCUCUGAAGUCCAAUAAUGAAAAAAAUGUUGACGGAGAGUCGACUUCAAUGGACAAUUUUACAUGGUUGGAUUAUCUUGAUCAAGAUAGCCCGCCUAAUGGUAAUGACAUCGCUUCUCAAGUAACUUCUCCUGAUCUAUCUUCCUCUCAGAAUGGUAUUACUGGACAGUUGAAUUCAGUGGACAACUUUACAUGUUCGACUAAUCUUGAUCAAGAUAUUCUGCCCAAGGGUGAUGACAUCGCAUCACAAAAUGAUGAUAUUCUAACUAAUCAGGGUUGUGGAACUGAAUAUGCUGUUCAACCUAAUGUCUCCUUGCAAAUUAAUCAGGGUUGUGGAGAGGAAGCUUGUUCUCCAGAUGAUUCGAUUUGCUUGGACGAUCAAGGACGAUCUAGGUCACCAAACUGCAAUAUAGCUUCUCAAUUUUGUGAAGAAGCACCAGUUAAAGACUGUGAUGCUAGUGAAGUUGCGCGUAACUCAGCAUCAAACAGCCAGGUCUUCUCAGCGGAUUCAAAUCUUGGAAAAGAUUCAUCAACAAGGCUUUGGGAAGAUGAAGUCCCAUUACAGGUACAAGAUUCAGAAAUUCUGUUGCUUCCUUAUAAGGAAGAGACCUCAGCUACCAGUGACGUACCAAAAGCAGAAGGCGAGGUGUCCUAUGAUGCUGUUGUCCGUGAACAAGAUUUUACGGACUUUGAUGGUUUCGGCGGCCUAUUCAAUGAACCUGAGCCGGUUGCAGGGCCUGCUGAAAAGCCUUUACUAAAUGGUCCUGCUUCUACGUCAAAUGGAUUUGGAGAAGCUAGCUCUGCUGUUGGAAAUAGCACUGAGUCUGAUCCAGAUGAGGUUGAUAAUACUGAUGCUCCAGUGUCUGUGGAGAGUUGUUUGGCUUGUUUCACAAAGCCUGAGCUUCUAUCUAAAAUUGAACAUGCUUGGCAAUGUGAAAACUGUGCAAAACUUCUACGACAACAGAGGAUGAGACUGAACAAGAAAUUGCUGAAACCUAGAUCAGGCGAUCUGGAGAAUGCGCCAGAGGACAGUAAUCCAAGGGAUAUUGAACUGAGAACCACUAACGGAAGUGCUGUGAAAGGUGUGUCAGAUGCUUUUGAUGACGGGUUGGUGUACCAAAAUAGAACAAAUGGCUACUCAAGUCAAGAUGAAGCUUGUAGUGUAGUAAAUCGCGAUAAUAGAGUUAAGUUGUACGAACCUGAAUCUGAAGAAAGUGAAAAUGAAACGGACUCUAAAGGUGUCAAAGUGGAAAGAGAUGCAACUAAAAGGAUACUCAUUGAUAAAGUCCCUCCAAUUUUGACUGUUCAUCUAAAGAGGUUCAGCCAAGAUUCUCGAGGACGCUUAAGUAAGCUCAGUGGCCAUGUGAAUUUCAGAGAUACUAUUGAUAUCAAAACAUUUAUUGAUCCCAGGUGCCUGCAGAAGGAGGUUUACAAAUACCGGCUUGUGGGUGUCGUAGAACAUUCAGGGACUAUGAGGGGAGGUCACUAUGUUGCAUAUGUUAGAGGCGGCCCAAAGAUCGCUGGGAAAGACAAGGACGCGGAAGAUUAUGUGUGGUAUUAUGCCAGUGAUGCCUACGUACGAGAGGUCUCAUUGGAAGAAGUUCUUCGGAGUGAAGCCUAUAUUUUGUUCUAUGAAGAAAUUUGACACGAAUUUCUUCGCAAUUUUUUUGACAUCAAAAUGCUCGGGGUUCAGUUGAUCACCCUACAGGUUCGCAUAUUAGAAACAAAUACGUAUACACAACGAGAAGGGGUUGAAGGUAGAAAGGUGAGUUGUAUUACUACAAUCAUAGAGUAUUAACACCCAUUUUUUGUUAUUUUUCAAAUUUCAAAAUGCCAUUACUUAAAGAUGUACAUGUUGAAAAAUGCAUGUAGAGAAAGAGUUCAAUUCUUUGUUAUGCAAAAAAAGCAAUCCUUAUUUACCAGCAUGGGGUGGUAAGUUUAUGCUUAUUAAUUUCUUUUCUUA